AUGUCUCCCGCCGCUUCCAACGAUGUUAAGAAGGAGUCUGCCACCGCGCGACUCCUCGGUUCCGGCUCUGCUGGUAUCGCCGAAUUGAUGAUCUUCCACCCUGUUGACACCACUGCCAAGCGAUUGAUGAGCAACCAGACUCGCAUUUCCAACGCUGCCGCUUUCAAGGAGGUUGUCUUCAAGGAGCACGCCAAUGCCCCCAUUGGUCGCAAGUUCACAUCGCUGUUCCCCGGUCUGGGAUACGCUGCCGGUUACAAGGUUCUCCAGCGAAUCUACAAGUACGGUGGUCAGCCUUUCGCUCGCGACUACCUCGCUAAGCACCACGGUGAUGACUUCGAUAAGGCAUUUGGCAAGGGUACCGGAAAGGCCAUUAUGCACGCCUCUGCUGGAAGUUUGAUCGGUAUUGGAGAGAUUGUCCUUCUCCCUCUCGACGUCCUUAAGAUUAAGCGUCAGACCAACCCCGAGGCCUUCCGUGGCCGUGGUCUCUUCAAGAUUAUUGCCGAUGAGGGCAUGGGUCUGUACCGUGGUGCUGGCUGGACUGCCGCCCGUAACGCCCCCGGAUCUUUCGCUCUGUUCGGUGGAUCUGCCUUCGCCAAGGAAUGGAUGAAAUUGAGCGACUACAACAAGGCCACCUGGGGCCAGAACUUCGUCGCCUCUGUCGCCGGUGCCAGUGCCUCUCUCGUCGUUUCCGCCCCUCUCGAUGUCAUUAAGACCCGUAUCCAGAACCGCAACUUCGACAACCCCGAGUCUGGCGCCAAGAUCAUCUCCAAGAUGCUCAAGAACGAGGGUCCCACCAGCUUCUUCAAGGGUCUCACCCCCAAGCUGCUGAUGACAGGCCCCAAGCUGGUCUUCAGCUUCUGGCUGGCACAGACUCUGAUUCCCGCUUUCGGUCAGGUUGUAUAG